CUCAGUUCACUCCACUUCACUCUCCUUCUUACACUCUCUCUCUCUCUCUCUCUCUCUCUCUCUAUGGCUUCAUUUCUCUCAAAUUCCCUUCCUUUCCUCUUUCUCCUCAUUUCCUUGCUUUCCCAAAGAGCACUGUCCGAUGAUGCUCAGACGGUGAAAACCUUCAUCUUCCUAGUUAACUCUGAAUCAAAACCGUCCAUCUUUCCCACGCACUACCACUGGUACACUUCAGAGUUCGCCGAUCCACUCCAAAUCCUACACGUCUACGACGCCGUUUUCCACGGCUUCUCCGCUUCAAUUACUCCAGACCACGCUUCCACCCUCAGCCAACACCCUUCCAUUCUCACCGUCCUCGAAGACCAUCGCCGUCAACUUCACACCACUCGCUCCCCACAGUUCCUCGGCCUCCGGAAUCAACGCGGGUUAUGGUCCGAAUCUGACUAUGGAUCCGACGUCAUUAUUGGUGUCUUUGACACUGGAGUCUGGCCCGAAAGGCGCAGCUUCUCUGAUGUCAAUCUCGGGCCAGUUCCGACCCGAUGGAAAGGUGUUUGUGAAAGUGGAGUUAAAUUCACGGCGAAAAACUGUAACAAGAAGUUAAUUGGUGCUCGUUUCUUUAUCAAAGGUCACGAAGCAGCUGCUAGAUCAGCGGGUCCAAUUAGUGGCAUUAAUGAAACGGUUGAGUUUAAGUCGCCGAGAGAUGCGGACGGUCAUGGGACCCACACGGCGUCUACUGCGGCUGGACGACACUCAUUUCGUGCUAGUAUGGCUGGCUAUGCGGCUGGUAUUGCAAAAGGUGUGGCUCCCAAAGCUAGACUCGCGGUUUAUAAAGUGUGUUGGAAGAAUUCGGGUUGUUUUGAUUCCGAUAUCUUAGCUGCUUUUGAUGCUGCUGUUGCUGAUGGUGUCGAUGUUAUUUCUAUUUCUAUUGGCGGCGGUGACGGAAUCUCGUCGCCGUAUUAUCUUGAUCCUAUAGCUAUUGGUGCUUAUGCUGCUGCUUCUAGAGGUGUUUUUGUAUCGUCUUCUGCUGGUAACGAUGGGCCUAAUUUAAUGUCAGUGACUAACCUAGCGCCUUGGGUUGUUACUGUUGGGGCUGGAACCAUUGAUAGGAAUUUUCCUGCUGAUGUUAUUCUUGGUAACGGCCGCAGAUUAUCUGGUGUUUCUCUGUACUCUGGGCUUCCAUUGAAUGGCAAAAUGUAUCCCUUGGUUUAUCCUGGUAAAUCAGGGAUGCUUUCCGCUUCCCUGUGUAUGGAAAACUCACUUGAUCCUGCGAUAGUUAGAGGUAAAAUUGUUAUUUGUGAUCGAGGUAGCAGUCCAAGAGCUGCCAAAGGUUUGGUUGUUAAGAAAGCUGGUGGUGUUGGUAUGAUUCUUGCUAAUGCCAUUUCUAAUGGUGAAGGACUUGUUGGUGAUGCCCAUCUAAUUCCUGCUUGUGCUGUUGGUUCUGAUGAAGCUGAUGCUGUCAAGGCUUAUGUUUCCAACACUCGAUAUCCUACUGCAACUAUUGAUUUUAAAGGUACUGUUCUUGGAAUCAAACCGGCUCCUGUCGUUGCUUCGUUUUCGGGUAGAGGACCCAAUGGAUUGAACCCGGAAAUUCUUAAACCGGAUUUAAUUGCUCCUGGUGUGAAUAUACUUGCUGCUUGGACUGAUGCAGUUGGUCCAACUGGACUCGAUUCAGAUUCAAGAAAAACUGAAUUCAACAUUUUGUCCGGCACUUCAAUGGCUUGUCCUCAUGUAAGUGGCGCGGCAGCGUUGCUUAAAUCAGCACACCCGAAUUGGAGUGCUGCAGCAAUUAGAUCAGCGAUGAUGACAACUGCUAAUACUCUUGAUAAUCUUAACCGGUCUAUGACUGAUGAGGCUACCGGAAAAGCAUGCAGUCCUUACGAUUUUGGUGCAGGCCAUCUUAAUCUUGAUCGCGCAAUGGAUCCAGGACUUGUGUACGAUAUAACCAACAACGAUUAUGUGAACUUCUUGUGUGGAAUAGGCUACAGCCCGAAAGCGAUUCAGGUGAUAACUCGAACACCGGUCAAUUGUCCAAUGAAGAGGCCAUUGCCUGGGAACCUAAACUACCCAUCAAUUGCAGCACUGUUUCCAACAUCAGCAAAGGGAGUAACGAGCAAGGCAUUUAUAAGAACAGCCACGAAUGUGGGUCCGGUGGUUAAUGCAGUUUAUAGGGCAAUAAUUGAAGCUCCAAAAGGGGUGACAGUGACAGUAAAACCAUCAAAGUUGGUGUUCAACCAGGCAGUAAAGAAGAGAAGCUUUGUUGUAACAUUAACAGCAGACACCCGGAAUCUGAUGGUGGAUGAUUCGGGUGCUUUAUUCGGGUCAGUUACAUGGUCCGAGGGAAUGCAUGUUGUCAGGAGUCCCAUUGUAGUGACUCAAAUAGAUCCGUUGUAAGUUUGGAUUUUCGAUCAAGUUUGUGGUUUCGAUGGAUGAAGGGUGGCGGUAGGUGGUUAAAUUAUAAGUAGAGAUAUAGUAUAAUAGUUGUGGUAGUAUGUAAAAGUGUAGAACUUGCUGCACUUUUUUUCCCCCCAGGGUAGGACUGGGACCACGAAGAACUGGUUUUGAGCGUGGUUUUAGUGUGAGCUCUUUUUCUUCUUUGUUUUUUAAAACUUUUGUUUGUUUUAAUCAUAUGCAAUGUUGUAUGUAUAAACUUCACUGAGUUUAUAUACGCAAUAGAAUUUUCAGAUAAUUAUAUA